GGUGAGUAGUUACCGCUACUUUGCAAGCUAGCCGGCCAUUAUUUUGUUAGCGGCAAGCUGCGUGUCUGUUGUUAAAAGCUUGUGAGUGGAUAGUAUUCCCUCAAGAAAACGACAACAGUUCGGCAAAAACUUUUAUCCGUAUUUGCACGCCAAUCUACAACCAGAUUUUUCAAAUAUGGGUGACGAAAAAAAGAGCAAUGAAUCAGAACAUAUCAACUUAAAAGUAUUGGGUCAAGAUAAUGCAGUAGUCCAAUUUAAGAUCAAAAAGCAUACUCCUUUAAGGAAGCUGAUGGGAGCGUACUGUGAACGAGCGGGUUUAAGUAUGCAGGUUGUAAGAUUUCGAUUUGAUGGAACACCCAUCAAUGAAACGGAUACUCCAACAUCAUUGGGUAUGGAAGAAGGCGAUACAAUUGAAGUGUACCAGCAGCAAACCGGAGGAAAUUGUUAAAAUUAAUUUUAUAACGCGGCUUACCUAUGUUUACUGCGAGCAUUGAGAAUCUCCCAGUGUUUGUGGUCAAUUUAAGGUAGUUUUAUGUAUAGACUUAAGCUAGUUCUAAUAUAAUUUUUAAGGUUUAAUGAAAAACUACUUAAUCUGCACUUCACAGUUUUGUUUUUGUCGCGUUUCAGUGUGAAAAUUUCUGUAUCGUUACAACUUUCAGUUCCAAUAUUUAUUUGAAAAUUGAUUUUUGUAUUCUGAAAUUAAAAUAAUACAACUUCUUUUGAUAAUGUAAA